GUCGUGGUCGGCUACGCUGCUCGUGCUUGCUCGCCCUGGCCCUUUCUACCUCGUCCUUUCCUUUGUUGGCAGUACUCACAUCCACCAUACAGCAAACGACAUCCUCGCAAAAGCCGAUCCGAUGUCCCUCCAACGACCCGGCUCCCUUGUCUCCACUCCCAGAAAAAAGCUCCAGCCUACCCGUGUCUCCUCUCCUCAUCCAUGAUCGCGCUGAAGGCUCUGCAAAUUCAAAUAUCACUUGCAGCACGCCUUCUUUCAAAUUCUUUUUACGUAUCCAAUUCCCCAUUCCAUUACUUCACUCUCUCCCACCGUCACUCUAUCUGUCUAUCUUCAUUAUCAGCCUCGAUCGCGGUGCCUAGUCCGCAAUUCCAGGUACCAUAUCCUUGGGUCCCAGCCCAGUCAGACACACAUACGAGCUAGAUUUGAUCUGAUUGAUAUCGGGUAUUCGCCACAUCCAAGAAGCCACCCCCCAAAAACAAGUCCUGCUCCUGCAAGUCGUUAGCUGUGAUAGUGGCCGUGCAGAGUGAGGCCAACUGCCGCGGUGUUGAUGUUGGGGUAGUUAUAGCGGGGCAGCAAAACUUGACAAAGAAAAUCAUCCUGCUGGGAGGAAAUGGACAUGUCUAUUGACAAGAAAGAGGCUAGAGAGGGUUCCGAGGACUCGGGCAUGGAAAUCAACUCUCCCACGCCAGAACCUGAGACUGGAGCUCCUCAAGAAAAUCCAACGAAGAGAAAGGGUGGACGCAAGCCU